AGCCAGCACGCCAGCUUGAGAUAUUUUAAGUUGUUUGUAAGCUGGGAAACAACGAAGAGCUAAUUGUCUGACUCUGGAGCAAUUUUUUUCGUACUUUACAUGUAGAAUCAAGUCAUGAAGAUUUUGAAAGCUCUGAAGACAAAUUUCGCUGUAUUUCUUGUCCUCUUUUGGUGUGCUGGUAUAGCGUUAGUUGGUGUGGCAAUAUGGACGUUGGUGGAUAAAUUUGAGUAUCAACAUCUAUUGGGUAGUGACAACUAUAUUAUUAUUGUGUCAUUAAUGAUUCUAGCUGGUAUUGUUGUCAUUGCUAUCGGUUUCUUGGGAUGCUGUGGAAGUGUAAAAGACAACAGAUUUAUGCUGAUUGCAUUCUUUGUGAUGGUGGUUUCGGUGUUUCUAAUCGAGCUAUCUGCUGGCAUUGUGGCAUUUGCAUAUCGUGGAGAGCUGGAAGAUGAACUGGAAGAAAGUUUCCUUAGUGCAAUGAACAAGUACACAAUUGACAGUGAUGAAAAGAAAGCGAUCGAUAAAGCCCAAGAGAAGUUUUGGUGCUGUGGUGCUGUCCAAUAUUAUCAAUGGAAUCAAACUGUUUGGUUUAAUAUUGAAUCAAACAACAUUAACACAACUCGUGAGGAAGGAAAAUUGAGAGUUCCCGAUAGUUGUUGUAAACCUCCUAUAAAAAUUGGUUGUGGUUACGUCACUCACCCAUCAAAUAUUAACUAUAAGGGUUGCAUUGAAAAACUGUCAGACAUUAUUGAAGAUCAUUUAUUGAUACUUGGUAUAGUUGGACUCGGUGCUUCCAUAUUACAGGUAAUUGGGUUGGUAGUGACGGCGUUGCUGAUACAUUUGGUGGAGGAAUAUUAACUCUUAAGAUUUCAAUACAACGUGAAUUUCUAUAUAUCAUUUUUUGUACAUUUCAAAGAUAUUUCCAUAGCAGGUUUUUAUUGUAUAGAACAAGAUAACAACAAUAUCAAGUUUGGAUGUGAGAAAAUUUCAGUAAUACUAUGUACGCUAUUUUUCUAUACAAUUAUCAGAUGUAACUACUUUUGAAUUGUCAGUAACUUUGCAUUUUAUUCGUGACAAACGAGGUCGCCCUUCGUCUCGUUGUUACAAAUGCGCAUGAUCAGUAGAUAUGGAAAUUUUAUUAGCUUCAAUAUUGAAACUGGCGUACAACCAGUUUUGGUCAAAGUGUUUUGUGAAUUAUUUUCAAAAAAAGAUCGUUUUUAGUGAAAAGUGAAAUGUCUCGAAGAAACGUUCAGAUAUUGUUACGAGAUUCUUGUCAGUCGUAUAUCAAGUAUCUUUUUAUUUAAAAGAAAUCAAUGUUUUUAUAAAUCAAUAAUUUUACCUCUUUUUCAUUGUAA